GCCUUUUUAAGAAGCGAUCAGUCCUGAUAUGGCAUAGUCACCUCUGCGAUGACAGCGUCCACCAUCAGGGCAGAAAUUGCACCACGCAGAUUACACGGCAAACAGGAUACGUUUGGGUCACACGCACCGCUUCAUAAGUACUUUUUAAACAAACAAACAUCCUUCCGAUUUUGUUCGGAACUUCGCUAGUAUUUGUGUAAUGUGGCUCUGGAAAUUGACAGAUCUCAUUUGUGCCAGGGGAACAUUUCUCUUCUGGGAUUCUCAGCGAGCAGCUAAAGGGGCGUAGUCUGCUUGAUGCUGUAACCCACUUUGCUCUCUAUGAUUCAUGCCUUACCCCUACGCCAACCAGCAUGAGAUGCCAUCCCUGUCUCCCGAGCAAGAGCAGGAGAAGGAAUACGUGCCCGGGUACAAGCAAGUACCCGACGAUGAUCUCAGGACUCCUUCAAAAGACGAACUCUUGCCGCCGAAUCGUAGGUCCUCAGGAACGGCUCCUGUGCGAGCCAACAAGGUCUUGCAUCGCAAGAGUUCUAUUCUUGCAUGUAUAAGACUAGUGAGGAACGCCAUCCUUCCUGUUGUGGCCAUAGCAUAUCUUGUGUUCUGCUAUGUUGUCCACUAUAAGCACGUUCCGGUGAAGACGCGUUUCUUUGACGACUCAGUUGCACAUUUAUCUAUUAUCAAGUCUGGUGUCACCUCAAUAAGCAUUUUGAUCAUUACGAUUGGCCUUCUGCCCCUACAGUCUCUUCUAGCAGAUCUCAAGAGCGAGGAAUUCUUUCGUGUCAUCAACAACAGACCAUCUGGCACGCCUCUCUCGUCAAUCAAUACUAUAUCCUCACCUUCUUUCGGCCUCUUUGACUCACUCACAGUCUUAUUUAAACGACAUUGUUCUCCCUACUUUGCCAUGGCCUUUAUUGCCGGCUUGCUGCUGCUUGCAACUUCAACGCUUGCUCCCGCUGCCUUAUCUGUUACUACUGCUUGGUUCGAUAACGAUGUGAUAGCGUUUGCCGUAGGCGGAAUUGCCCGAGACACUGUCUACAACGUUACAAGUAUCCCGCCAUUCGCAGCUUUCACUUGGGACAGCCUCUAUGCCAAAGCAAUGACCGUGGCAUGGGUUGAGAAUAAAUUGGGUCUCCAUUAUGGAUUCACGGUGGACGAUCCAACUCAUUACAUUGUUCCUCCACCGAUGCAUCUUCGCCCCGACGUAGCGGCGCGGUGGUUGUCGGACAUCGUGGUGAUGCAGCCGGAAUGUUUCUGGAGCAAUUCGCGUAUUGCAUCCAAUUUUACGCAGCCGUUCUCCAGUUUCGCCACCUUAUUGAUUGCGUUGGAUCAAGGUCUCACAGUCAGUAUCUCGGAUACGUUUGGACCUACUGGUGACAAUCAAAUUGAAUGGAGGGGCAAUUUUCUUUCCAACUCGACCGAUACCGGAGUCCCUCAAAGUGGCGCCACGGUUUUCUCAGUCAGCCAAUGCUCAUUCAACUGUACCUCAUUCUCGGAUUCGACGUUCGAUCUGGCGGGUAUUCCCACCUUAAGGAUGGACUAUGAAACUAAGUCAUUUGACAUGGCCUUCCUUGUCUGCUCGCCACACGCCACUGUCGAAACUCGAGAGAUCCACAACGACGGCCGUGGUCGUCUAACCAUUCUCAAUACCACAUAUCCUUCACAAGGCAAUAUCCAUGCCCCUCAAAUCCAGGUGAUGUUUACCUACCUCUUCCAACACCUCUCCGAUAACGGUGGCCCACCCUCUGCUACAUCAUCUUUAGGGCCCGAGCUGCAAGCGGACUUCAUCUUUGGGCCAGGGGCAUCCAACCGAUCGAAUCCAGAUUUCAAUGUUGCGGGAAUCUUUGCACCCGCUCCCAUUUCUGUGAUAACGGACAGUUAUACCAAGAUGCUUCAAUCCUCCAUGAAGGUGAUGCUCCAAGGCAACGUGUCCAAGUCAUACGUCCCUGCGAUAUUAUCAACUGAGCAAGUCAUCUUCACUUCAUCCCUUCCUCAAGUCAUCGCAUCGACGGUAUUGUUCAUCGUCCUUCUCGCAGUCAUGGCUAUAUCCCAUUUUCGUCGUGAGAUACCGAAGUUCACUCUGUAUUCGGUCGCUGCUUCAUUGGAUGGUUCAAACAUGCCGUCGAUGUUUGCUCAAGCACGGAAUGAUUCUGAUCCAUCGGUAAAUGGGGAUAAAUUGCUCGAUACAUUUGGCAGGCGGGUUGUCACGUUGACAAAGUCAGAUGCGAACUAUGGGACUCUGCAAUUGCAGUAGUGGAUUCAACGCGUUUUGUUCUAUAUACUACAUUAUACAGUCGUUACGUGGACAUUGUAUCCAUACCAGCAUACAAAUACACAAGAAUAAUAGAAAGACCGUCCGCAGUUAAGUAAUACAAAUGUCUGUUUA